GCUGGCUGCUCUUUUCCGGAUGCCUUGACCUCUGCCGUCCACCGAGUCGACGAAGAGCGGAUCCAGAGCGGGUUGUUGGCGCUGCCUUUGUACUACUACUCGGUGCUCAGCACUCGGACAAAAAACCUCGUAACGCCGAGCUCGAGAGUUCUUGCGACGGCUCUUCGGUUCUGGAGUAUUGCAAAUGGCCUAAGGGCCCAGGACCCCGCCGCGCGAAUCCGUGGGUGGAACGAGGCGAAGCCAGCCAUGGUCGCAGAAGCAGUCGCAGAGCGAGAAGAGCGGAAGGAACGCACUGGCCGACGACGCCGACUCUGGAUGGCCCUGGUGCAG